CUCUAUUACUAGCGUGUUUUGGUGCAAUUUCCAGGAUGAAUACAAUUCGUCCUUGUGGUUGCAAGGGCGUGCGCACCUGCUUGAGCUGCGAACAGGACUUCCAGAUAGCCAAGCCCUCGCUGCAGGAACAGUUCCAGCAACUGGAGUCCUGGUCCUAUUGCGUGCAAUGCGAACUUCUGCAGCCCGGUUGGGAUACGACGAAGUUGCAAGGAGCCCAUGGAGAUCACAAGAAGGACGAGGGCCUUCCUCUGCCGGGAAUCCUGGUGCAAGAGGAGUUCCUCACCGCGAAGGAGGGCUCCCAACUGAUGGCUGACCUGGACGAUUUGCCCUGGGACAUCUCGCAGAGCGGACGGCGCAAACAGAACUUCGGACCCAAGACAAACUUUAAGAAGCGCAAGCUCCAGGUGGGAUCCUUUGCAGGAUUCCCCCGAACAACGGAGUAUGUGCAGCGACGCUUCGAUGAGGUUCCUCUGCUUCGUAACUUCCAGACCAUCGAACAGUGCUCCCUGGAGUACGAGCCCAGCAAAGGAGCCAGUAUAGAUCCGCACGUGGACGACUGCUGGAUCUGGGGCGAACGCGUGGUCACGGUCAACUGCCUCGGAGACGCCGUGCUAACCCUCACUCCCUUCAAAGUCCAGCAACCGGGCAAGUACAAUCUGGACUUGGUGUCCCACUACGAGAAGGAGCUUCUGGCGCCGCUACUAAGUGAAGACGAGCUAGCCAAGUAUGAGGGAAAGGUUCUGCGCAUUCCUAUGCCCAACCUCUCCUUGAUUGUUUUGUAUGGACCAGCGAGGUACCAGUUCGAGCAUUCUGUGCUGCGCGAGGAUGUUCAGGAGCGACGUGUUUGCAUAGCCUACAGGGAGUUCACGCCCAUGUACAUUAAUGGAGAAGACGUACAAAAAGGAGAUCCUGUGAGAGAAAAGUCCCAGUUAUUCUGGGAAAUAAACUAGCCAAUGGCUUAUACAAAUUUAAAAUGUACCAUGGUAAAGAUGGAAAUUGCUUACGAGCCACGCCGCCAGAUACUUUAGAUUAAAAUAUAAAGGAUGUAAUAAGUCUUUAGGUUGUGUAAAA